UUCCGCCAUUUUGAUUACGGGCGGCUCCGGCCCUUUCAGCCCUGGCUCCGAUGGGGCUAGGGGGGCUCCUGGUUCCCGCUCUGGGCUUGGCUGCCACUUGGCUGCUGGGCCUGGGGUUCGAGCCCAGCUCCUGGUUGCUCCCUUUCUACGCUGGGCGGGGCCGGCUGCUGAGCCCCGCCGAGCUCGCGCGUCACACGGGAGCGCCGGGCAGCCCCGGCCUCUACCUGGCGGUGCUGGGGCAGGUGUUCGACGUGCGGCGGGGGCACAAGCACUACGGGCCGGGGGCGGCCUACAGUGUCUUGGCAGGGAAAGAUGCCUCCAGGGCUUUUGCGACAGGAGAUUUCACCAACACCGGACUUGUGGAUGAUGUUUCUGGGUUAUCUCCGUCAGAAAUAUUGACUAUACAAAACUGGCUCUCUUUCUACAGUGAGAACUACAUUUUCGUUGGCAAACUGGUAGGAAGAUUCUAUGAUGAAAAUGGGGCACCCACAAAAGCUCUGGAGCAGGCCAAGGCUGUCAUUGAAGAAGCGCUGAAGUUCAAGGAACAAAACAAUGAGAAGAAGCAGUUCCCACCCUGUAACUCUGAAUGGAGCUCUACCAGUGGCAGCAGAUUCUGGUGUUCCAAACAAAGUGGGGGAGUGAACAGAGACUGGAUUGGAGUCCCCAGGAAGCUGUACAAGCCCGGUUCCAGUGAUAGUCACUGUGUGUGUGUGAGAACUACUGGACCUCCCUCUGGACAAUUGGAUUCUACUGAGCACAGUGACAGAGGGGACUUGGACAAUCCUAACUUGCAAGAAUACAAGGGAUGCCAUCCACUAGCUGACUGUUAUUCUGGAGCUUCUCUUUUUGAAGAAAAGCUGCAUGGAUUAGAUGACACAAGGCAUCUGCCAAGUGUAACAGGCCUUUGCACUCAUGGUUUUGCUUAUUUUAUUUCAAUUAACUUCCAACUCAGUAUUACAUUUCAUGCAUCUGAAGUUAACUGGUUUGGGAAAAACAUGAACAGAACUAGUUGAUUGAAGGUCCAGACCUGGGCAGUACAGGAAAUCAGGACUACACAGUAAUGACUGCAACCAAGCCUACUGAAAGGGGUUUGAAGAGUGCAUAAUUUAAUGUCAAUUAAGAAUACAGCAAAGUCAGAGGAGUCAGUCUGCCAAAAUAAUGCUAGUUAAGCAAUUAUACAAGAAUUGUACAAUACAUGAUGUCUGGAAUAAUCACUAUUUGGUUAAGAUAAUCAUUUACAAAACAAAAGGUAAGUUGAAAUUUAAUUAAAUCUUACUCCCAGGGUUUACUGGUAAACAUUUUCCUUCUUGCUUGGAACUGACUAAGGGUAUAAGACUUGUCUUGAUGCACUUUGUCAUUACUGAUGCAAUAGAUGUAUUUUUGUAUCAAGGUUCACAGCCCAUGAUGUAUUUUAUCUAGUUAUCCUCAGUUUGUUACAAGAGCUCAUUAUAGAGUAGGAAUAUUGCAAAUAAACGUUUUUAGAAUGAACUGAACAGAAAA